UGUGGUGGCUCCGUUAUGCUCUACUAAUUUUCGCUAUGAAUGUUUUUCUCAAAUUUGUGCUACGGCACUAUGCAGAAUUUCCGAUAUUUUGCAAAUCGAUCAGAAUGAUCUGCAUUUACUUCUGUACGUUUCUAGCGGCCUAGAGCUGUUUUCGGAAACCUUAAAUGAGUGAAUAAUUCUAUGUGGUUUCUUGUUAAUACGAAUAGCUGGUGGUAAUUGCCGUUGCUGGUCAUAGGUGUGGAAAAACAUGUGUGGCAUGUGACAUUGACUUUUUCUCUGCUUUGCUAUUCUGCCGCUUUUUAACAAACAUUGUUCAGUGAUGAUAAAUGAGAGUUGUUCUCUACCGUUUGAUAUAUUUAUUAGCCUAAUGCUGAAUGACCAUUCAGUUUCAUGUGGAACGUGGUGCAAUUCGCGCUGGUUUAUAUAAAGUGUGUUUAUUCAGUGUUAUGUCGUUGGACGAAAUCUGUUGGAAGCUGCUACUUUUCCCAUGGAUUGCCAAACUAGCCCAUUGGAAAGGAAUAUGUUUGAUAUACUAUAAAACAACCACUCCAUUUCCUUUUAUAACCUUGCCAAAUGGUUACACCUUCCCUUCUUCUACCAGCAGUCCUCCUUUUACAUUUACUCCUUUAACAACUAGUCCUAUGACCACUCAACCACCUCUCACAUUCAGCACAGGUUCAUCUCCAGCUUCUACCACAUUAACAACACCAAGUACAAUUCAAAGUAUAACAUUUAGUACUAUUCCGACUACAUUUCCUCCACUCACUUCAACCACAUUCCAAACCACAUUGUCUACUGGUACUCCAGCAACGUUAACUACUCCUUUGAAUACUCAAACAAUCACUUCACCGGCGUUAACAAGUGCCACUGUUCCUGCAACUACCACUCAAUCCACCAUACCUACGUUUUCAACUCAAACGUUUACUGCCCCUCCAAUCACUUCUACAUCCAUUUCUUCUCUCUUCCCAACUGUUACUUUUACAUCACCUAUUCCUACUAGCACCAUUCCCGGUGCUUCACUUACUACGCUUACUCCAGUCACUCCAGUUACAAAUUUUUCACCUCUACCUACUUUCCCAACGUUUAUGUCAACCAUAAAUCCUCCUACAAUAACAAGCACUUUCCCUACCACAACCAUUUGUGCACCUGUACCUCCUACGUGCCCACCACAAAUUCCAACACCCACCACAACCACUACUACUCCCCGGCCUGGAAUCGAUCCUCGUCCCAUUUCCCGACAGCUUCCCAACGGUUGUCCGUGUCUCGAUCCUCGAGAACUCUAAGAAGCUUUGGAACGUACAAUACAC